UGACAGGUCAGUCCUAUGAGAAUAUGGUGGCUGAGAUCAUGUCAAUGGGCUAUGAACAAGACCAAGUAAUUAUGGCGCUGAGGGCCAGCUUCAACAAUCCUGACAGAGCGGUGGAAUACCUUUUAAUGGGUAUACCUGGAGAUAAUCACUGUGUGGCUGAAUCCCUUCAGACAACAAGUACUGGUGCCUCUCAAUCUUCAUCAAUGGCAGCAGCAGUAGCAACUUCAUCUACCACUACUCAUUCAUCAGGAGGACAUCCACUUGAGUUUUUACGAAAUCAGCCUCAGUUCCAUCAGAUGAGACAAAUUAUCCGGCAAAAUCCUUCACUGUUACCAGCAUUGCUACAGGAGAUUGGACGGGAAAACCCCCAACUACUGCAGCAAAUCAGCCAGCACCAGGAAGAUUUUAUUCAUAUGAUGAAUGGACCAGUUUCAGAGCCAUACCAGGGUUUAAGUGCUGGUGCUGAUGGUACCAGCACUGGAGGAGUAGCAGAUGCUGGAAUUAAUCACAUGAACUAUAUUCAAAUAACACCUCAGGAUAAAGAAGCUAUAGAAAGGUUGAAGGCGUUAGGAUUUCCUGAAGGACUUGUGAUACAGGCGUAUUUUGCUUGUGAGAAGAAUGAAAACUUGGCUGCCAACUUUCUCCUGCAACAGAAAUUCGAUGAAGACUGA